CCUCCCAUCAACUGCACGAAGAAGAUAAGAAAUGGCGGAUGAAGUGGUUCUUCUUGAUUUUUGGGCAAGCCCUUUCGCCAUGAGAGCUAAAUUAGCCCUCUUGGAGAAGGGGAUAAAGCACGAGUGCAAGCCACAAGACUUGCUCAACAAGGGUCCCCUGCUCCUACAAACCAACCCAGUUCACAAAAAGAUCCCUGUGCUGAUUCAUAAUGGAAAAUCCAUUUGUGAAUCCCUCAUCAUCGUCCGGUAUAUCGACGAAGUCUGGAAUCACGUAUCGCCACUUCUUCCUUCCGAUCCUUAUCAACGAUCACAAGCCUUGUUCUGGGCGGAUUAUGUCGAAAAAUACAUAUAUGACCUUGGCAAGAGGGUAUAUAUAGGACAAGAGGACCAAGUGGAAGUGAAGGAGAAGCUGAUUCAAUGCUUGAAGACAUUGGAAACUGAGCUCGGAGACAAGCUCCACUUCGGGGGUGAUAGCAUCGGAUUCGUCGAUGUGGCUCUUCUGCCCUUCACCAGCUGGUUUUACACUUACGAGACGAGCGGAAACUUUAGCAUACAGGAAAGCUGCCCCAAGCUUAUUGCAUGGGUCCAAAGAUGCCAAGAGAAACCGAGUGUUUCAAUGGCCCUGCCUCAUCCUCACAAGAUUUAUGAUUUCUAUUUGCAGUUCAAGAAAGAGCUCGGAGUAAAGUGAUUAUAUGUAACAGAAACACUGUUAUCACUAGAAUAAAACAAAUCAAUUACUCUCC